AGCACAUAGAAGUGGGGAUGUAUUAUCUAGAACGCAAGCGAGUGCACUACAAGUUGAGGCAGAAAUACACAACAACAGGACCUUUUUUCAUGGAACUGCUCAAGAGGGAACAUGAUAUGAUUUUAGACAGAAAGACAACACUGAAAGACGCAGCAGAGAAGGGGAAUAUCUGCGAAUACAUUCUGGGGACUUCAACAAGCUACUCGCUGCACUGGGCAGAUGCUGACUUCGUCUAUAUCCCUUUGAACACUGGGUGUCAUUGGGUGUUGUUGGUCUAUGAAGUAAAGGCAAGGAAGAUGAAAGUCUACAACUCGAACAAGAGAAGAGGUGAAUCCCUACGUGACAUCAUCGCAUACAAAACUUGCAUUCAAAAUAUGCUACCCAAAGUUCUGGAUUACCACACUGUCUAUGAAGCUAUGGAAGAAGAACCAAUGGGAGUGAGACAAAUUUCUAUUGAAAAUGCUGAAGAUUGCCCACAACAGGACACAGCGGGAAAUUGUGGAAUGUUUCUUCUCAAAAUUGCAGAGUUCCUAAUGAUGAAUAUGGACCUCAACGAACUGAAUGCUGCAAUGAUGUAUAUGUUUCGAAAGAAAAUGACUUUGGAGUUGAUUCAAUACAGCAGCAAAAGGCAGAACAAGAUACAGGAGAAAUAGAGCAAAAGGCAGACCAAGGA